UUGCGAGGCGCCUGUCACAUGAGCCGCGCGCCCGCUCCGCUCCCCCUCCUCCUGGCUGGGCUGUGAAUGAAGCUCUGCCGGCUACGUGGGGCGCUAGCUCAACUCAGUGUCCCGGACGCCAGAGCCGACUGAGCGCUCUGCCCGCCGGCGGCGGACACGGGCUCCGCCGCUCCGGACCUCGGCGACAGGUUCUGAGCUGGAACACCUUGCCGAAAAACCAGACGGCACAGCUGCUCGUCCAUCUACGUCCCAGUCAAGCCUGCCUACAAAACUGGGGCGGGGGGGCGGUCUGGGAAACUCUGAGCUUGUGACCCCAACGUGGGAGAGAAUAGGAUCAAGAUGGCCAUGUGGCAAGGAGCCAUGGAUAACAGGGGCUUUCAGCAGGGAAGUUUCAAUAGCUUCCAGAGCAGCUCCAGUGAUGAAGACUUGAUGGACAUACCAGGGACAGCUAUGGAUUUCUCCAUGAGAGAUGAUGUGCCUCCCUUAGAUGGAGAAAUAGAAGAGGACAAGUCAUACAAUGGUGGAGGACUAGGUUCUUCAUACAGGAUGAUGGACUUCUUGGAGGAGCCAAUCCCUGGCGUGGGGACCUAUGAUGAUUUUAAUACAAUUGACUGGGUGAGAGAGAAGUCUCGAGACCGGGAUAGGCACCGAGAGAUUACCAAUAAAAGCAAAGAGUCAACAUGGGCCUUAAUUCACAGUGUGAGCGAUGCUUUUUCUGGCUGGUUGCUGAUGCUCCUUAUUGGGCUGUUAUCAGGUUCCCUAGCUGGCUUGAUUGACAUCUCUGCUCACUGGAUGACAGACUUAAAAGAAGGUAUAUGCACAGAGGGACUCUGGUUUAACCAUGAACACUGCUGCUGGAACUCCAAGCACGUCACCUUUAAAGACAGAGAUAAAUGCCCCGAGUGGAAUAGCUGGUCCCAGCUUAUCAUCAGCGCAGAUGAGGGCGCCUUUGCCUACAUAGUCAAUUAUUUCAUGUACGUCCUCUGGGCUCUCCUGUUUGCCUUCCUCGCUGUGUCUCUUGUCAAGGUCUUCGCCCCUUACGCCUGCGGCUCCGGAAUCCCUGAGAUCAAAACGAUCCUGAGUGGUUUUAUUAUUAGGGGCUAUUUGGGUAAGUGGACCCUGAUUAUCAAAACCAUCACGUUGGUACUGGCAGUGUCAUCUGGCUUGAGCCUGGGCAAAGAGGGCCCCCUAGUGCACGUGGCUUGCUGCUGUGGGAACAUCCUGUGCCACUGCUUCAACAAAUACAGGAAGAAUGAAGCCAAGCGCAGAGAGGUCUUGUCAGCUGCUGCCGCAGCCGGUGUGUCUGUGGCCUUCGGGGCACCUAUCGGAGGAGUAUUAUUCAGCCUGGAAGAGGUCAGCUACUACUUUCCCCUCAAAACACUGUGGCGUUCGUUUUUUGCAGCCUUAGUGGCCGCGUUUACCCUUCGCUCCAUCAACCCAUUUGGCAACAGCCGCCUGGUUCUGUUCUAUGUGGAGUUUCACACCCCGUGGCAUCUCUUUGAGCUCGUGCCCUUCAUCCUGCUGGGCAUCUUUGGUGGCCUGUGGGGAGCCCUGUUUAUCCGCACCAACAUCGCCUGGUGUCGGAAGCGGAAGACCACCCAGUUGGGCAAGUAUCCGGUCAUAGAGGUGCUCGUCGUGACAGCCAUCACCGCCAUCCUGGCUUUCCCCAAUGAGUACACCCGCAUGAGCACAAGCGAGCUCAUUUCCGAGCUGUUCAAUGACUGUGGCCUUCUGGACUCCUCCAAGCUCUGCGAUUAUGAGAACCGUUUCAACACAAGCAAGGCUGCUGAGCUCCCCGACAGGCCGGCUGGUGCGGGCGUCUACAGUGCGAUGUGGCAGCUGGCCUUGACCCUCAUCCUGAAAAUCGUCAUCACUAUAUUCACCUUUGGCAUGAAGAUCCCCUCUGGCCUCUUUAUCCCUAGCAUGGCUGUUGGUGCUAUAGCGGGUCGGCUUUUGGGAGUAGGGAUGGAACAGCUGGCUUAUUACCACCAUGACUGGGCCAUCUUCAAUAGCUGGUGCAGUCAAGGAGCGGACUGUAUCACCCCUGGCCUUUAUGCCAUGGUUGGGGCUGCAGCCUGCUUGGGUGGGGUGACUCGGAUGACUGUUUCUCUUGUUGUCAUAAUGUUUGAACUGACUGGUGGCCUGGAAUACAUUGUGCCUCUGAUGGCGGCAGCCAUGACAAGCAAGUGGGUGGCAGACGCUCUCGGGCGGGAGGGCAUCUAUGAUGCCCACAUUCGUCUCAAUGGAUACCCCUUUCUUGAAGCCAAAGAAGAGUUUGCUCAUAAGACCCUGGCAAUGGACGUGAUGAAACCCCGGAGAAACGAUCCUUCGUUGACUGUACUCACUCAGGACAGUAUGACCGUGGAAGAUGUAGAGACCAUUAUCAGUGAAACCACUUACAGUGGCUUCCCAGUGGUGGUAUCGCGGGAGUCCCAAAGACUUGUGGGUUUUGUCCUCCGAAGAGAUCUCAUUAUUUCAAUUGAAAAUGCCCGAAAAAAACAGGAUGGAGUUGUGAGCACGUCCAUCAUUUAUUUCACCGAGCAUUCUCCUCCAAUGCCCCCAUACACGCCGCCUACCCUCAAGCUUCGGAACAUCCUGGACCUCAGCCCCUUCACUGUGACCGACCUGACACCCAUGGAGAUCGUGGUGGAUAUCUUCCGCAAGCUGGGCCUGCGCCAGUGUCUGGUUACGCACAAUGGGCGAUUGCUUGGAAUCAUUACCAAAAAGGAUGUGCUGAAGCACAUAGCACAGAUGGCCAACCAAGAUCCCGAUUCCAUUCUCUUCAACUAGAAUCACAGGGUUGUUACUGGAUAUAAAACAGGAAGGACAGUGCAGACCAUGGAUAUAUUUUAUUAACUGGGUACUCAAACCACAUUUCCCACAUUUGGAUGGUGAAGUUAUAUUAGUGUGUUGUCUCUUUCCUACAAGUUAACCAGUUGCACUACAUAAUCUCUGGAAAUUAAUCUUCUCUUUAGGAGAAAAUUCAGUAAGGCUUCUGUGAUAUUGCAUUAGGAGGAUUUCAUGAAAGCGUGAACAAGAUUGCUAUGGUUUUAAUUCUUUUUCUUUUUUUUAAGAUUUUUUUUUUAAUUUAAAACAUAAUCGUUAGCCAAUAUGCAAUCACUGAAAACUAUGCAAGAAAAAUUCCAGCCGUCCUGACCUAUAGCCUGCAGGAAACUCAUGAAAAAGUCACUUUUGGGGACUCUGACUGUCAUUGGUGGAAGAUGAAGUGUAAACUAAGGGGCUUUGCUUUUUCCAACCACAGAAAGGAAAGCCAGAAGGAAAAUAGUAAUGGUAUUUUCCAGACUGUGAAUUCAGUUCAAAUGUUAAUCCUAUUCCUGUUACAAUAUUUAGCAUUAUUAGUUUAUGUGUGUGUAUGUUAAUUUUAAUAUCUGAUUAUAAGACAAUGCUGCUUUGGUUAAUCUCCUCUAAAUGAAUUUAGAGAGGUUGACUUUUAUAGCUUGCUUGUUCCUGGUACUCUUUUGAAGUGCACAACAAGUUAUAGAAUUUUCUCCUUGUCUGACAAAAAGGGUAAUUUUCCAGAUUGGUUAGCUCGUAGACAAGGACUUGGCCAUGAAUGUCUUAGUAGCAAGGAAACGAUUUCUCCAGCUUCCUUGAAAUGAAUGAUUAGUCAAGUUCUAAGCAAAGUCACCGACUAGGAAUUUCACAUUUUGGUGAGGUCCCCACCGAUCUGCUCAUCCAGAUGCCACCUCCACGAGUGAUGGUGCUCUCGGCUUCUGGAGUAUGUAAGACUCGUAAAGGGAACCACGUCGAGACUGCAUACUGGUAAAGCUGGGACGAUUCCGAGCUGUGUCUGCGUUCUCAUGCAUUCCUUCGUAACAACCACCAGUACUAGGAUAACUGGGCACCCAUGCCGCCUCCCAGUGUUAAGUACGUCGAACAGGCCAGUGUUGUCCCCGUGAUCGUGAAUUUAGGCUCUGAGGUACUUGCAAAUACAUUCAAGGCAUCGGAACAGGAUAGGCAGCUGUGACUCCCUUGAGGCUCCUUGGAAUUCUUAAUACAACCCUAUUCCUAAUCCUAACCCGUCCUCAGACCCAGGGGUGUGGACAAGGCCUGGUGACACCAAAGGUGCUUGCAAUCCACUCGAAAAGGUGCCUGUCUCCAUUUCCCACUACCUUGACUGCAGUAGAAGACAUCACGCGCUAGGGACAGCUGGUGGCAUUACAGAGCCACCGCCAUCAUUCCGACUCUGGUUUCAUCUUCUACAGGUUUGCCCACGUGCAGUCGUUCCCCCUCCUCUCUUCUCCCUUUCCCCCGCCUCAGUCCUGAGUCCCCUCUUUGGGGUUGAGCGCUCUGCCUGGUUAAUGAUUUCCUGUUACACAAAACACCCCCCCCCCCCGCCCCCCCGCCCAGGGCUAGUUAAAUUGUCAACCAAGCCUCCGCAAUCUUAACGGCCCCUGGACCAGAGGACCAUUUGCUUUGCCCUGGAGCUCAAGUAGCUGCCACCGCACCUCCCUUUCCACGCUGCUACCCACAGCAGUGAGACUCCAACCCUAGUGGGGAGCAUUGAGCCUUUCCCGUUUUGUGAAUCUGUCCCCGGCCCUCCCCACCUUCGUUCUGGCCGAGAAUCACCAGUCCCUCGGCCUAUCCUCUCCCACCCUCUGCAUACCUCAUUUUAAAAGUUGCUGAUCUCUGAGACUCAGCAUUUUGUUUUUUUUUUUUUUGGUUGUUAACCCCUAGUUCUUAUCUCUCCAAAAAUCUGAAAUUCUUUUACUGCCCAGAACUGGUGAGCCAAAGCUUAUUUUGAUAUUUAUCUUUAAAAAGGCGGUCACCAGACUCUCUCCUUUUAAGUAUAUCACUCUAGCAUUUUAAUGAAAAAGACAAAAAAAAAAAAGCCCUCCCUAGGUUAUCUUAUAUUAUAGUCAUGCCUCAGUAACUUCACAUCUCUCGUCCAUCCUGUGCCACUGAUUCCCUCACACACGCUGAGGCUGUCUGCCUGACUACCCUGUGUAUUGUGUAGCAAAGUUCUUACGUGUGUACUUCUGGUUCAUUACCUAUCUUUCUCUUAUCAGCUGUCCAGCUAAAGUUUGCAAAACAGGAAAGGGUAGCAUUUCUGGUAUUCGAUGACCGUGAAAGGUUUGGUCGCAUUUCAUAGGGCAGCAGGUAUACGGAGGGUGUCUGAGUUUGCCGUUGUGUUUCUUGUAGGCUCUGUUCUCGCUUUUAGACAGAUGAGCCGGUGUUAAGGUGCUACUUCCCAGAAAAAAAAAUUCAAGAAAUCAGAUAACACUGUGCCAAGGUAUACUUUCUAGAUGUUAAGCACCCAUUGGCCCUCCAGAGAAUAAUACCCCUUUGAUACCUCACUCCUGAUAAAUCUCACUCAUUAACCUCAGCUUCUCAGGAAUCCUCGUGACUCAAAGGCUAGAAGUAGCUGUAGUGUGUGGUGUUCUAUGUCCAUUAGAUGUCCAUUCCUAUGGUUUGGCUCAAAGGUUGGCUAAUUGUGGUAGAGCCCUCCGUUAGACUGCUAGCUCAGCACCUUAACCCUCAAGAAGUUCUUGUCUCGAGGCCUAGAAAAAUGUUCUUUCGGCCAUUGCCACUUCAGCAGUUGGACACACUUAAACCAACAAAGCUGAUCUGGUGGUCGGUGUGUGUGGGGGGAGUGUCAGUAGCCUCAAGUGGCCACAUACCUCAGUGGCAAAAGACGAGAUAAUCUGUGAUCGAAUAAUUCGUGUGAGUCGAGACUAGUUGAUCCUGGUAUUAAGAAAAAAAAAAAAAAAAAAAAAGAUGGCCUGACCCAAGGAAUUUA